UAGAAGAUAGUGAAAAUGUAGUUGUAAAGUAUAAGUAAAUAUCGAAAGAGUUCGUAGAUUACCUAUAAUUAAGAGUAUAGAAAAAGUAAAUAUUGAACCUCCCCGAGAAAAAUUUCACAGUCAAUCAACAGAAUCACUUAAAGUAGAACAAGAAGUAACUACACCCAAUGACUUAUUCCUAGAAGAGCCAACCACAGUUGAGGAAAUAGUAGAUGUACCUGUAACCGGAGAAUCAUUCCAAGAACCUAUGGAAGAGCAAACUACAGUUGAGCAAAUAGUGGAUGCACCCUUACCUUAUGAAUCGUUUCAAGCAAUUCUGGAAGAGCCAACUAUAGUUCAGUAAUAAGAUAAUGCACCCGUACACAAGGGAUUAUUUUAACCAAUUCAGGAUGAGUCAUCUCUAGUUGAGCAAGCAGUUACUGUGCCUGUCGAAUUUGGCCAACCAAUUGUUGGACAACAGGUUGAUCAGCUAAUUGUAGCUGAACCAGCUAGGGCUAAUCAUAUAACUCUAUUACUAGUGGAAAACGCCUUGAUGGAAGAUCAAGUGUUCACCAUUCUACCUUCAGAACAACAUUUAUUUACAGGAAACGAUGACAGCACCACGAGUUCGAUAACAAAUUUGAAUUCUUCAGCAACAGAAAAAGAGUUCCAACCUGUUAACGUUGACUAUGGCAUUCUUGAAGAAAGCACCAACACAACUCAUCAACCCACUUCAAAGUCUAACAGGAAUGACUUGAAAUUGGUUCAAGAAAAUGAACAAGAAUCGCAAGAUAUUACACCUGCUCAACAGAAGGAGAAUUUCCACGAAUCGUUCACUCUUCCUACAGAGUAUUUGACCAAAAAUAAAAAAACCAAACUGGCAACAAAGGGCAAAAAAAACACCUGCAGUAGGAACCUCUGAAGAUUGGUUGCAAAUCCAGAUUGAAAAAGAUCGACAGCAAAAAAUAAAAGAGGAAAAAUUAGGGAAGAAAAAAGAAUUACAA